AUUGACAGGAAAUUUAUGCCGAUCUGGUUUCAUUUCAGUGCCAUAAAAUCAGCUCUUAUCAGAGCUUCAUGCGAAACUUCAUCUUAAAGUUGUCUUUUUCUAACACUCUUUCACCGUAACUUCAAUCUAUCCCCGACACCACAACCUUAUUCGGAAACUCCAAGAUAGUUGGCUUCCGCGAACCACCGACUCCCCCAAUUUUCCAAAACCUUAAUCUUCACAAAGGAUUGAAGCCAGAGAGGUCAAAAUCUGGUUAGGGUUUGGCCUCGUUUGUGACAAUGGAUUACGCUCGGGACGGGAACGUCGUGCAAAUAAUCACCGGCGGCGGCGGCAGCGGAGAAAGCUGGUCCGGUGACCAAGCCGAUUGGGCGACGGAGGACGAGUACCGGUUCUGGAACAACAACGGCGACGCCGAAACGACGCCGUCGAACUCAAAUUACGAGUCUCGGCGGUCGGGGAGCGAGCCGCCGGGCAAAAAGUCGAGGAAUUCGCAGGAUGGCGGCGGCUCGAGCCGGUCAAAGGCGAUCGGAAAGAUGUUCUUCAAGACGAAGCUGUGCUGCAAGUUCCGGGCAGGGACCUGCCCGUACAUCACGAAUUGCAAUUUUGCCCACAGCAUAGAGGAGCUCCGGCGCCCGCCGCCGAACUGGCAGGAGAUCGUGGCGGCGCACGAGGAGGAGAAAAUGGUGAUGACUGAGCCGAGGGAAGAGUUUCAGAUUCCCACUGUGGGAUCCUCUAGCUUCGCUGGGGACAUGAUGCAGAGGUCCUAUAAGGGGCGUCAUUGUAAGAAGUUUUACACUGAGGAAGGGUGUCCCUAUGGGGACAGUUGUACUUUUCUUCAUGAUGAGCAAUCCAAGAAUCGUGAGAGUGUUGCUAUUAGUUUAGGUCCUGGUGGUUAUGGAGGUGGUGGUGGUGGUGGUGGUGUUGGUGGCGGCGGCGGGAGUGGGGGUGGUGGUGGAGGUGGCGGUGGUAGUGGGGCUGCUUCUGGUGGUUCUGCUGGGAAUGGGCCUAAUUCUAAGCCCUCUAAUUGGAAAACCAGGAUUUGUAAUAAGUGGGAGAUGACAGGGUAUUGUCCCUUUGGCAACAAAUGCCAUUUUGCUCAUGGUGCUACAGAGUUGCACAGAUAUGGAGGUGGGCUUAUGGAGGGAGAAAAUAGAGAUGCUGCUUCUGCUGUUGCACCUGACACAAAUAAGGGAGUGCCUUCAAAAGCUUGUCCUGAUAAUGUGGUUGCUUCAGUUACACCUGUUGCACAUUCUGAUGUUUAUCAUAUUGGAGUCGUCCCUUCACAAAGGCCUUCUAUUGUGAUUCAGAGGCCAGGACAGAGAACUCAUCAGAAGUGGAAAGGUCCAGAUAAAAUCAGCAGGAUAUAUGGUGAUUGGAUCGAUGACAUCGAAUAGAGUUAUAACAUAAUCCCAGUCAUGGAAACAAGGAAAGUGCUUAUUUAUUUCCAUGAAACUGAAUACGCAAGGAUUUUCAUUCACAUGUUGUUUUAUUAGCUAUAUCUUAUGAUCCUUCACUUCCAAUGGGAAUAGCACUUUUUUCCGGCUUCAUGGAUAACUGUUUUGUAUGUUUAUGGUGUAAUUCACCUUAAUGCGCUGGUUUCCUGGCGUAAGAAUGUAGCAACAGCUUCCAUGUAUUUGCAUCAUAUUGUAUUCUAUCUCGUAAUCGUUCUUU